GUACAUGGUCCAACUUAUUUUCUACCGUUUCUACGAGGUCAUAUUUGGACGUGGUCGCUGGACAAUAUAUCAGAUGAUCGACCACUUCACAUCAUCAUAUGUAUUGAAAGAACCAAAGGGAUGCAGAGUAUGGAGGGCGGAAUCUGUGAACAAAGCAAACCAAACAGCGACUCAGAAGGCUCAGGCAGAUCAUUGGUUUGCAUGGCAGAUUUUAAAUGGAUUGACACGAAACUUGAUAAGAAGAGCAACAGAAAUCCCUAAGCAGUUCGUACCUUUCGUGGAAUUGGUUGAAGCCGACCACCCCUAUCUGAAUGGAUUGUCACUCAAGCAGCACAUACAGAACGAUACACUGUUUGUCGUGGACCUGGUGGACGUGUCGUUCGAUGAGGCAACGCUGUUGGCUCCUAUCGCCUUAUUCGUGGUAAACAACGACCUGUUGAUGCCUGUGGCUAUACGGAUAGAUCCGAGGAAUCCAAACCUGAAGGAGGUUUCCACACCCCCUCCAAAUGAAUCCGACAGACCGGAGCAGCUGCGGAAGUGGGUGAAAGCUAGAAUGUGGUUCAACAUGUUAGACGCGCAAUACCAUGAGUCUGUUACUCACUUAGGUUUCACGCACAUGCUGAUGGAUGGAGUGAGUGUAUGCCUGCACAGAAAUCUCUCCGAACGUCAUCCCAUUUACAAACUUAUGCUUCCUCAUUUCCGAUACAUGCACUUCAAUAAUGAACGUGCAAUUAAGAUAAUCCCAAAAGUUGCCGAGAAAGACAUGUAUUUUGGACGGAAGAAUAUGAUGAAAUUGAUUGCCAGACACAAUGAAAUUUGGACGUUUGACGAACAUGCGUGUAUUGACAUAAAUCUUCGCAAAAGAGGAGUUAUGGAUUUGCCUGGUUACUUUUUCAAAGAAGACGCACUUCAACUACAAGAGGCGAUACGAAACUUCGUCCAUGAAUAUGUCACGAACUAUUACGGUGUCAAUCAGGAAGUAGUUAAAGACCAAGAAAUUCAAAGUUUUAGAACCGAACUCAUGGCACCGAGAUCCAUAAGCGGGGACGGAGGCUGUGGAAUGAUGGGGGUGCCUGAGUUUGACGGUAUUGGAAACCUCGUCACUGUAUUGACAAAUUUCAUCUACAUCUGUAGCGUGGAACAUUCAGCGACGAACUUCCCACAGUACGAAGAAUACGCUUUCCCUCCGAACAAGUCUUUAACUUUGAUUGGACAGCCUGAACUCCAAACUGGAGAUGACGAACUCGACAUUGCAAUGCCUACAGGACGACAGCUUUUCCUGACAAUCAAAUUCAUGGCUGUUUCAAAUACAGUGUUGACAAACAGUCUCGGGAACUAUGAAUCCGAAUACCUCGAUGCAAUGGAUAGUGCAGGACAACGUAUUGUGCAAAAUUUCCAGAAAAAAUUAGUUCAAAUCGAGAACAACAUCAAUCAACGAAAUGAAGCCCUUGAGAAAUCUGUGGAUCGGAUUCAGGAAUAUCCAUAUCACUGGCUCCUCCCGAAUAAAGUGCUGAACUCAAUCAGUGCAUAAGACGUGUAUUGAAGUAUUGGUUUACAUGAACACUAAAGAAUAUUGAACAAGUAGAUCACCCAUACAUGUGUCUUAUCACACUUUAUUUGGAAGUUUGAAAAACAACCCAACAACCGUGGAUAUAAAUACAUUUGCUAUUAGUGAUUUUUUUCUACCUCCUUUUGAAGAGUUCCAUUUUAUUGUUUAUUUUUGUUUACAUUGUUACAAUAUUUGACAAAAAUAUUGGCAUGUUUGACAAUUUCUUUACUGUAGAAUAUUAAUUGAUACUUAUCUACCAAUAUGAUGUAUCCAGAAAAAUUUGUUCGGAGAAGUUCGGUUUGUUUAUAGCAACUGUCAUUAAUAAAACUAUCAAAAUG